AUGGAUCAACCCGUCAAGCACGCCAAGGUCAUCCGCGUUUUGGGCCGCACCGGUAACACCGGCAACGUCACCCAGGUCCGCGUCGAGUUCAUCGAUGACUUCGGCACGAAGGAAGCCCGUACCUUGAUCCGUAACGUCAAGGGCCCGGUCCGCGAAGGCGACAUCUUGUCCUUGAUGGAAUGGGAACGCGAAGCUCGCCGCUUGAGAUAA